ACUGCGGAGGCGGGGCUUCGGUGGCUUCAGGUGGUCUGGGCAGAUCUCUGCCUGGCUGUGAGGAUGGCGGGGAGGGGGAAGCUCAUUGCGGUGAUCGGAGACGAGGACACGGUGACUGGCUUCCUGCUGGGCGGCAUAGGGGAGCUUAACAAGAACCGCCAGCCUAAUUUCCUGGUGGUGGAGAAAGAUACAACCAUCAAUGAGAUCGAAGACACUUUCCGGCAGUUUCUAAACCGGGAUGACAUUGGCAUCAUCCUUAUCAACCAGUACAUCGCAGAGAUGGUGCGGCAUGCACUCGACGCCCACCAGCGCUCCAUUCCAGCUGUUCUGGAGAUCCCGUCCAAGGAGCACCCCUAUGACGCCGCCAAGGACUCCAUCCUGCGCAGGGCCAAGGGCAUGUUCACGGCCGAAGACCUGCGUUAGGGCACUCCCCACAGCCCUGCAGCCCCUCCCUCAAUUUCAGGCCUUUCCCCAGGCUUGCAUCAGCCCUUCUCUAAGUUUUGAGCCUCUGAUUUCCAAUUCCCUGCCCCUUUCUACUCCAUUGAGAGUCUAGGUGAUGUGUUUCUAGGUUGCUGGGGCUCCGCCAUUAAAAUCAAGGCUGGUUAGGUAA